AUGGCGUGGCACGUCGGCCGCCAGGGGCCCAUUGUGGUGCAGGCGAAUUGCAUGGGCGGCGCGAGCUUCCUCACGGGCUCCUUCAUCCUGGCGGAGCGGUGCCAGUUGGAAAAGGAGGCCUACUGGUCGGACGGGGGGCCCAGCAACGUGCAGGCGGUCGUGAACGCCACGCGCAGCAGGGAGCCCUUCCGCUACCCAGGCACGGCGAAAAGCCAGGUGGGUCAGUGGGUCGCGGUGGACGCCCGCGGCAACGAGUUCACGGAUAACGACGCGCUGAACAAGGAGCUGCCCGGGAUCUUCGACGUGCUCCGCCGCGGAAGGGACGUGCUGGUUCACUGCAACCGGUCGUUCCGCAGGGGCCCCGUGGUCUGCGCGGCCCUCUUCAGGCGCUGCACGGGGCACCCCGUCGCAGGCCUGCAGGAGCUCUCGUUGGGUGGCAGCCUUGACCAGAUGAAAGAGAUCCCGCAGCGGGAACUGCCUCAGGGCCCCGUGGUAAUGUCCAAGCGUGACAAGUCCGACUAUGACAAUCACGAUAUUCCAGUGCCCAUGUUCUACGUAGAACGUAUAUGGAUGAUCGCAUCUACGGUCUACGUUAAUGCGGGCGGCGCUGUGGCGCUCGCCCCAGCGAUGGCGGCGGCCCCGAAGAAAGAAACUGAGUUCCGCUUCGAGGCCGCAGCGCGGGUCGCCGCCGAAGAUAUCGCCCGGGCGCUCGAGGGAGCGUUGCAGGCUGCAGAACAACGGGUGCAGGCUGCAGAGGAGCGCGCCCUGGCGGCGGAGUCAGCAGCAGCGAGCGCAGGCGCCGCCGUGAACAGGCCCGUGGCAGCGGCGAGGGCCGCGCCACAGGAUCUGGUGGACACUCGGCUUCUGGCGAAGCCGAAGGCGUUCGGAGGCAGCGAGGACGAGUGGCCAGGGUGGAGCUUCAAGAUGCUCGCGUACCUCGGGGCCCUCGACGAGCAGAUGGCCAACGAGCUGACAGCAGCCAUGACGUUCCCGCUGGAGGAGGUGAGGAACGCGAGACUCCUGGAGGAGGGAGCGAGUCAGCGCAGUCGCCAGCUGUACUUCAUCCUCGUCCUGCUGCUGGAAGGAGCCGCGCUGCAGCUCAUCAAGCCAGUCGGCGUCGGAGAAGGUUAUCGGGCGUGGAGGACGUUGCAAGACAUGUACGAGCCCGACCGACCAGGUCGCCAUGCAGGACUGCUGCAAGAGCUGAUCGCGUUCCAGUUCCCAGAGGACAACAUCGUGGGGAUGCUGGCGGACUUCGACUUCAAAGUCACGAAGUACGAGAGCCAGAGCCACGAGAGGAUUGGGGACAGGAUCAAGAUGGCGAUCCUCCAGAGGGGGAUUCAGGACGAGGCUCUUCGAGCGCAUCUGGUCCACAAUGCGUCGAGGCUAGUCACGUGGGAGCUCAUGCGCAACGAAGUGCACAUGGUGAUCUCGACGAGGAGCGCCAUCGCAGCAGUGCCGCCACCAGUUCCGAUGGACACGAGCGCGGUGGAGAAGGCGAGGCGCGAGGCGGCGUCGAAGGGCAAAGGAAAGAAGGGCAAGGACGGCAAGGGCAGGAAGGGCAAGGGCGGCGACAACUCCACGGACCAGAAGAGCCAGGCGGCCAAAGACAGGGCCGAGAGACGAUGCUUCCACUGCCACAAGACAGGUCACGUCAAGAGCGAGUGCAGGAAGUUCCUCGCAGAGCAGAAGAAGAAGAAGGGCACCAACGCAGUCGAGCAGGAGUCGAAGCCGACGGGAGCUCCACCAGCGGCGAGCGCCGCGGGGAGCGCGGCGCCAGUGAUGGCGAUCGCAACCGAAAGCGGGGCAGAGCCAUUGUGGUGCCUCGCGAUCGAGCUGGGAGAGCUGGGCAGCCCGAUCGAGCAGCUGAGCCAGCCAGAGGCGUCAAGCGAGCACGCGCAGCCGAGGCAGCCAUUCUUGGUCGGGGCCAGUCCGAUCGAGCAGCUGAGCCAGCCAGGGGCAGCAAACGAGCACGAGACGUUCGAGAGCAAGGAGAUCGUCGGUAUCAAUGAGCACUGGGUCAUGGUGGAUUCGGGUGCUGCACGAUCGGUGUGUCCGCCGAGUCACGGGGCCCACGAGACGCUCAGAGACCUGAGCGAGCGCAUCAGGCUGGUCGGAGCGAGCGGCGACGACAUCCCGUGCCACGGCGAGCGCUUCGUCACGUACACGAAGGGCGGGCACAAGAUCGGGGUGGACUACAAGGUUGCCGACGUCAAGAGGCCAGUGCUGGGCGUGUCGCAGGCGGUCGACAAGGGUACGUCGUGGGUAUUCACGCCGAGCGGGAGCUACAUGAUCCCGAAGCCGAUCGAGUUCUCGGACCCAGACGCCGUGCCGCUGGUCAGGCGCAACGACCUGUUCUACCUCAAGAUGGACAGGUACGGUGAAGGCGUCAAGAACUCGCUCGUCAUGCCGGCCGAGGCGAGCGAGCCAGCAGCGCAGGCAGAGCUCGAGGAGUCCGUGCCAGUCCGAGUCAAGAAGGAUCCAGUGAAGCCAAGUUUGGCCGAGCAGAGGACGCACGAGCUGGUGCACAUCCCUGCGAGGUCCUGGUGCUGGGUGUGCGUCAGAUCCAAGUUCACGGACGACCCGCACUACAAGGCCGGGCACGAGCGCACGGGCGACGAGGUCCAGAUCGACUACUACUUCCUGGGCCAGCUGAGCAUCCUCAACAUGGUGCACAUGAACUCCCAGGCUAUUCAUGGCAUCAUGGGGCCGAAGGGUACCGACGCCUACAUGAUCAAGACAGCGGUCGCCACCAUCGAGAACUGGGGGCUGGAUCGCAUCGUGCUGAAGCACGACCAGGAGGCGUCGAUCACGGCCCUGGCGAGGGAGAUCAAGGCUCAGAGGAAGGCGCCCACGAUGAUCGAGUCGGCUCAGCGGGCUAACCAUCAGGGAGUUGGUGGAGUGGAGCGCGCCAACGAGGAGCUCGGCAAGCAGAUCAGGGCGCUGCUGUUCUCGGUGGGCGACAACUACAAGCGGGAGCUCCCAGCCGAGCAUGGGCUUCUACCUUGGCUCAUUCGGCACGCUGGCUGGCAGCUCAACCGCUUCACGGUGCACGGCAACGGCAAGACGACCUACGAGGUGCUCAAGGGGAGGCCGUAUCGGGGCGAGCUCGUCAACUUCGCGGAGUGCGUUUGGGCGAGGGACCCCACGCCGACCUCCAAGCUGCAGCCUCGGUGGCACGCGGCGGUGUGGCUGGGCAAGACAGAGGUCUCGGACGAGCACCUGGUGGCGGGUCCGACGCGCACGCGCUGGUGCCACCAGCUGCUGAGGUCGACGUACAUCACGAGAGCGCUGAUCGACAAGUACGGCUGGACCCCCAUGUGCCCGAGGUGCGUCACAGGCAUGGGAUCGCACAGCGAGGAGUGCCGGAAGAGGAUCGAGAACGAGCUGCGCAAGGAGGAAAUGGCCAGGGCAGCGGCGGAGGCCGCGCCCUCGUCGGCAGCGGCGGGGGCUGCGCCGACGCCGGCGGCGGCUGGAGCCGCGCCGGGGCCAGCGGCUGGAGCUGGAGACGGCAGGCCAGGAUCGUCCGGGGAUGCCAGCAUGGCACCUCGCGAUGACCAGGGCGAGGCUUCGGCGAAGAGGCCGCGCCAGACAGCGGCGAUCACAGUCGGGUCGCUCGCGGUCGGGGCCUUCGUGGAGAUCAACCCCUGCACGUACGAGGGCCUAGACCAGCAGUCUCACGAGGAGCUCGAGACGGUCACGGAGAUCGAGAGCUGCGAGCCGCUGGAGAUCGGGAUGUUCGAGGUCAGCCCCGUCGAGCCAGCGGCGAUCACGGUCCUGCCAGACGCGGAGAAGCACGUGUACGACGCGAGGAGCGGGAAGGAGCUCCCCAGGGACCUGGUCAGGCGCGGACGCGAGGCCGAGAUCGAGGAGAUGCGGCGACACGGCGUCUUCGAGGAGGUCCGCGUGGCCGAGAGUCGGGGCAAGGUGGUGCGUUUCAAGUGGGUCGAGGACCUGCGCACCAAGGCCAUGUACGGCACGCGCAAGGCGGCACAGGCUUGGCAGGAGUACGUGGCCGGGGUGUUCAAGAAGAACAACUGGACGCGCAUCGCGGUGGCGGCGGGCGUGUACCACGAGCCUCUCUUGGACAUGACCUCGGCGAUCCACGGUGACGACAUCCUGACCGAGGGCGAGGAGGAGUCCCUGGAUGUCCUGGACCAGCAGCUGAUGGCGAGCAUGGACGUCAAGUGCAUCGGUCGUGUCGGGCCGGAUGGCGUCCGCGAGCUCCCGUACCUCAAGCGCAAGAUCAGGUGGACGGGCAAGGGAUUCGUCUGGAUCGGCGACACGAAGCACGUGACGAGAUGCGUGGAGCUGCUGGGCCUUACGGAGUGCAAGCCAGCGGACACGCCUGGGAGCAAGGCCACGGGCAAGAGCGUCCGGGAGGCGCUGGACCCACUUCCACACGACGAGGCGAAGCUCUACCAGCAGGUCGCGGGGCUCGUCAACUACGUGGCGGUAGACAGGCCAGACAUCCAGUUCGCAGUGAAGGUGAUCCUCACGGACAUGGGGAAGCCCACAGUCAUCAGCAUGCUUAGGCUGAGGCGGUGUGUGCGGUAUCUCCACGGUCGGCGCGAGCUCGGGUGGUUCUACGAGAAGCAGGAGAUGCCGAAGGAGGUUCUCUACGAGACGGACUCGGACUGGGCAGAGGAUGAGAUCACUAGGAAAUCGACCAGCUCCGUGUAUGGCUUCUUCGGCAGCCACCUCCUGGAGACCCAGGUGGCAUCGCAGCCCGUCGUCGCGCUCAGCAGCGGAGAGGCCGAGUUCUAUGCCAUCGGCCGAGGCGCGGCGAGUGCGAUCAUGAUGCGGCAGUUCUACCAGCAGUGUGGCAUCGAGGUCGCGUCGAAGGUUCACAGCGACUCGAAUGCAGGCAGGGCGAUCGCGACGCGGAUCGGCAGUGGCAAGGUACGGCAUCUACAGAUACGGGACCUGUGGGUGCAGGAACGAGUCAGGCUCGGCGAGUUGCAGCUCGGGCGAGUCGACACGGAGAGCAACAGGAGCGACUUGGGGACCAAGCAUCUGGACGGCAAGCGGGUGCUCAAGUUGCUGGAGAUGUCCAACCUGCGGCUUCUGACCAAGGGGCUCGCCGCAGGUGUGGGCGUCACUUUCGCGGAGGCGGCCGAGCAUGGAGACAAGCAGUGCUCUGCAGCCGCCGACGACGAGGUCGAGUCGAACAUCGGCUCGAUCGUUCUCGCCAUGAUCAUGUUCAUCAUCGUGCUGGUGCUCAUGGUCAAGGGCGCAGUUGUGUGCACGAGAGGGGCGGUGCAGCUCUUCUCAUCGAGGGCGGCGAGUGCUGCCCCACCAGCGGGAGCGGCGAGGGCUGCCCCGCAGGCCGACGGCACGGCGAGGCCCGAGGCGGCGUCGAAGGACGCGCCUGAGGGGCAUGUCGUUUCUCGGGCAGCGGCGAUAGCUGCGCCUGAGCAGGUCGCCGAAGGGCGAGACCUCGGUACGGAGUACCUCGGGAAGAUGCUGGCUGAGGCCACCGUGGCAGAGCUCAAGGAGGAGCUCAGGUGGCGGAAGCUGCCAGUGAGCGGCUUGAAGGCGGACCUCAUCGUCCGUCUGACGAGGGACGGCGGCCAGCACAUGGCCAGCAGUGAGGGGCUGGCUGCAGCGGCGUGGGCCGCGCGGCUGGUUCCAGGCAGAGUGCCCAUCCGAGCGUUCCGCUCGGCGCAGGCGCGCGGGAGCCACGGCGGGGACGCCCGCUUUGGCUUGAGCUUGAGCCUUCAGAAGGGAGGCUCGAGCCGCAGUACAGAGAAGAUGCAAGGCGAUGCGCUCGCCCGCAUCUUGGAGGCGAACGACGACAUCACGAUCAGAUGCGCGGAGGGCGAGGUCGUCGGCGAGGCCGAGUUGCAGGAGUACCUGCAGAUGUCCUUCAUGGAGGAGUGCGACCGAGACUCUCCGCGCGCGUUGAUCGACAAACAGUCGGGAAACGACAUCGAAUUGGAGCAGUUGGCGGAGCCCCCCCGCAGCCGCCCUUCCGACUCCAAAGCGGGCAGCGACUCCUCCGACUCCAAAGCAGGCGGCGACGCCUCCGACUCCAAAGCAGGCAGCUCCGACCCCGAAGCAGGCAGCCCCGAGCCCGGGGCCAGCCCCGACCCCGGCCCCUGCAGCCCCGAGUCCAGAGGCAGUUCUUGCAGCCCCGAGUCCAGAGCCAGCUACUGCAGCCCCGAGCCCAAUGAGCCCGCGGCCGCAGCAGAGGGCGACUCCUUCUACGAGGGCCAGCAAGAGGAGGAGCGCGAGGAGGAGGAGGGGGAGGAGGAUGAGGAGGCGCAGCAACCUGGCAAAAAGCCCGCGGGCGGCGAGACGGCGGCGGAGGCGGCCGAGGAGGCAGCCGUGGAGGCGCCCGAAGGCGACGCGGCGAUCGAGGGCUUCACUGGCAUCGUGGCGAACAAGGGCACUAGCGGGGCGGGCAACCAGAUCGCGCAGCUGCGCGGCAACAUGCGGAGCGACAGCGACAAGGAGAGGCUGGGCUGCACGGGCGACAGGGAGAUUGGCAAGAUCGUCGGCAAAUACGUUGUCACCCGCGUCGCUCAGGUGCACCCGCAGCGCGGCGACACGCUGUGCACAAAUAUCAACCUCAGCGACCUCCAGCGCGAGGCGCUUGCCCGCGCCUCCCGCGCCAUCCUCGUCCUUGGGCUCAUCGUGCUCAUCUGCCCGUGGUGGUCGGGCAAGGGGGCGGCCGAUGGAAAGACGGGGCAGGCUGAGAAGGGCGACGAUUCGCACUCCAGCUUCUACAGCGACUCAGACGACUCUGAGAAUGAGCAGGGUGGCGCGGCCAGCGCAUCAACGGCGACUGCCCCCGCCAAUGCGCUGAUGGCGGAAGCGGCGGCGCUGUUGGAUCCGGCGGCCACGCUGAAAGCAUUUAUUCGUGGGCUGCAGGUGGGCAGGCCGGCAAACCCGCAGGGGGCGAAGAAUGGCAUCGCGGAGGCGAAGACCCUGUGGGAGGUCACCGGGCCGCUCAAGAAUACUUACGCCGCCGCGCCCGCGGCCAUCGGGUCCAAGAAAGGAGAUAUCAGGUCCGCGCGUUGUCGCCUGGGCGUUGUCGACAAGGCGGUCGCCUACGGCAACGGCCCCGCGUCGCCGUCGCCCUUCCUGCGCGCGACGAUGCGCUCGUCGAACGCUUGGCACCUGCGCGACGAGCUAGCCCAGUUGUGCUCCAAUUGGUUGGUCCGUUUCCCGACGGAGAUGGGCGGCGUCACGGCCGUUGGCCCGACGAGCUACAGCGCGGCAGGCAAGUACCUCAACGACGCCGAGGCCUCCUUCGAGGAGGCGUUCGCCGCGCAGGAGGCGCUCGUGCGAACUCUCAAGAUGCGCGCCGAGACGGCCCUCGGCGCCGAGAAGGGGCCGUCGGAGGCGAAGCGCCGCGAGGUGGCCGAGAUGACAGAGCUCCUGGUGCGCGCGCAGAGCCUGACGCAGCAGGCGGCCGAAGCUCUGCUGCCCGGCGCGGACGCGGGGGAGCUGGCGGAGGUCCCGCUCGGCAGGGGGCUGCUGGACUUCUCGGUUCGCGUCGGCGUCAGGCCAGAGGCGACCGUCGCCAAGGGCGGCAAUGACCUGGUGCUGGAGAUGUGCUGCGGAGUGAGCCAGAGGCAUUGGGGGCAAGGGCGCGGAACGGCGAUGAGCCUGAACGAGAAGGACGCCUACGGCUGGGCGCCCCUGCACAUCCUCGCGCAGAACAAGAACAACGCGGACGCCGAGUGCUCGAUGAUGCGCAUCCUGAUUGCGCACAGAGCGGACCUGAACCUCCGGGGUAAUCGCGGCUCGACCCCGCUCCUCGAGGCCGCGGGGGCAGCGGCGAUAAGCCAGGCGCGCGCCCUGCUGCAGCACGGGGCGGGCGCCAAUCUGGCCAACGAUGACGGGGCCACGCCGCUGGGCUGUGCCUGGGCCAACAUGGGGUGCUGGCAGAUCAUUAAGGACGGCGGCGGCCCGGAGGGCACGGGCGUCUCUGGCAAGGGGAGGGCGGCGGCGGCAAAGGCGGCGACGUCAAGGGGCGCGCGCGCUGAGGCGCCCUCGCGGCUGCGAGCCCCAGGCGCCGCCACCGACGGCGACAUGCUAGGCGCGCGCCUCGCCGCAGACAGCUUCGCGUUGCAGUCCAAGUUCGAGACGCUGGCGCUCGAGUUCCCUGGCCACGCGCCCGCGCGGCUGCUGUUCGCGAAGUGCGAAGCGCCAGCGAGCGUCGGCGACAAGCCAGUGAGCCUCGGGGUGGCUUUCGGGGGAGUGGCCGACUAUGUAAUCCGCCCUUUUGAGUCUUCGGGGGGCAGCGCUCGCGGUGACGGAGAGCACUGCUGGAAUGCGCCCUCAUUCUGCACCGAAGCUGGGCUCCGCGAAGAUCGCUUCCAAGCCUCCGCCCGCGCCUCGCGCAAGCGGGGGGGCCCGGGGGCCGUCGAGGGCGAUGGCCCGUCGGCUAUCCCCGCGGAGCUCGCCGCCGAGGCCCCCACUGGAGAUCGCGAUUGGAUCUUGCUUCGCAGGAUGCUCGUCUGGCCAGUAUAUCGCGGCGACCAGCCAGAGUCGAUCGCCGCGCGCUCCAGGACGGCUGGGUGCGUGACGGUGUUGCAGGAGGGGGUCGUGGACAAGGGCGAGAUGUCGCGUUCGGUGGUGAAUGCGUGGAGGGACGCCGUGUUAGACCACGGGGUGCUCCUGUGGGAGGUGUCAGGGAGGGGCACUCGCUGGCGCGACCUCAACCUCCUCGGUCUCGGCGUGCGCAAAGGAGGUGCAGGGCGAUCGCGGGAAGUUCCGGCAUCGUACUUAGGUGCGUUGAGCGUGGCCAAACGGAAAGCCGCCGGCUCGGGCGUUCGGUCAGCGAGCCAACUUGCGAUUGGCAUGGCCGCCGCGCAGGGGCCAGCGGCGCCUCUCCUGUCCGCCCAGGAGCGCCAGCAGAAGAGGGCCAAGAUGGGCAAGGAGGAGACGGCGGCGAUCAGCCAGAGCACCGUGCAAGUGUCUGCGAGAGCAGCAGACAGGAUCGCAGCAGAGGGCGCAGCGCACUGGGGCGCGGCGCUCGAUGGGACGCAAGUGAGCGGCGAGAAGGUCAUGGUGGCCACCUACUGCCUCCCUAAGCGCGACGUGCACUUCUGGGCGCCGCCGAUGGGCCAGAUGCGGCCCGCGACCGCGCCGCGGGGGCCGAAGACCACGCCUGCCCCUGAGCCGUCUUCGAGACCCCGGGCGCUCGACGAAACUGGCGUGGAGCGCGUGCUGACGGACGAGGGCGCCGCCAAGGCUGGCAGGCACAUGAGUCAGAUGUCGGGCGCCUUCUUCGCCGAGCCAGAGACAUGGGCCUGGAAAAAGUUUCAGAAUCUGUCCGACCUCGAGAAGUUGGGCCCGCUGAAGGCAGCGCGGACAGGGCAGGGGCUCCCAGGGCCGCUGGCCGCGCCCCUGCCCGACGACCUGAAGAUCCUUUCGCUCGCGAUAUGUUCUGACCAGGAGCAAAUCCAGAUCGCCGGGGGCGAAUUCAUUUUCACCCCCGAGCCCCGGGGCCUCGGCUGCGCGGGGGUUCGCCUCGCGGACGACUUCCACCGCUGGCGCGACGACCUGUCGAUGGCGAUAAGCCUGAGCGGCCUGGCCCCUUUCGCCCGGGCAGGAACUCUGAUCUUCAACAUCGGGCACGGCCCGCGGCAGAGCCGCGCGUUCUUCCACCAGUUGCGCGCGGAGGCUGGGCGCGCGGGGGCGGCCCUGAGCGCAGGCUCGCAGCUGGAUCUCCGGUUCUGGCCACGGCGGGAGGCCGACCUUGAGGGCGACGGCGAGCGGCCCGACCAGGCGGCAGCGAGGAUGGACUGGUUGCGCGGCCUGCCUCGUGAAUUCGACAUCAUGGGGGUCAAGGUGUCGCCGUCCAAGUGGAUGUCCUUCUGUGAUGCGGGGUUUGAGUGGUCGAAGAAACUGGCGAGCCGCGCUGUGACCAUGGCCUCUCUCUGCACGCGCGAGGGGUGGAUCGUCGCUUCCGAGGGCCUGUUCGCAAGCGCGCGCCUCCUAAACAUUGGCGACGGCGUUAAGCCAGCGACCGAAUCAAAGUCCGAGGCUGCGAAGUCCGCGAAGCAGAAGUUGGAGAAUCUGAAGGUUCUCAAGGGCCACCACCACGCUUCCGCGUUGACCAGUCACGCUCGAGAGGAUGCGUAUAAGAUCAUCAACCGCAUGAAUAUGACUCUUGACGGGUCUCACCCUCUGGUCCGAGACCUGAUCGACAAGCUCGUGCAGUUCCACACGGACGCACAGUGGCUCGGGAAGCGCCUCGUGAAGGUCUCAAACAUGCAGUCCGCCCAGAGGACAAUCAAGAAGCGCGGCCAAGAUGCCAUCCCGCUGCCCAAUAAGGUUGUUCGCUCGAUGGGCGAGCGCGGAGCGCCCAGCUUGCGGGCGAGGCCGCAGGCGAAGCAGGCUGCGCGGCCCGUUCUCGCCACCAGGGCGCAGCUUCUUCGACAGCUGCGGAAGCUGAGCGCUCAGAACGGCAACCUUCUAGACCGACUCGGGCAAGCCGACCAGCACGCGCGUGAUCUUCACUCGCGAUGCGCCAUCCUGGUAGCAGGCAACGUCAGGCGGCAAUCGGCCAAGCUCACUGGCAGGGUAUCUAUGCACGGCGGGUACGCAAUGGCUCUCUGCCGAAAUCUCACGCACGUGGGGAGUAUGGGCCUGGUCAAAACCAUGCAGUUGCCAGUUCGGAAGAACACGGUUGAACGGUGGGAGCGGAUAUUCGCCAUCAACAUUUUGAUGCAGUCUAGGCGUUGCUUUGCUGAUAUCGCUGGCAUUUGCUCGCAAGGGCUAGGCGUCGAGGAGUCGAAGCGCUGGUCAAUUGUGAAUGUACGGGGCGACGCCACGAACUCGAACGUGACAUCCCAUUCUGGGAAAGCUUUUGUUUCGUGUUUCACAUGCCUGUUCAGAGACGCCUUCGGGCGCAUGUUCAAGCGACAGGUUCAUGGUCCUCUGCAGCAGCAGCCAGUUCACUGCUAUGGAUUCACAGUGAGAAAUAUGUUGGAAUCCUCGCUGACCUCGGUCGGGCUGCCCACCUGGACCGAUUCCGGACAAGCCCAACAUGUUAGAUCGUAUCUGUUUCUUUCUGAUUCUGGGCCCGACGAGGUCGAGGCGGACAACUUGAUUAAAGAGGAUAUUCGCCCGAUCAGAUAUACGUGCCACGCCCGACAGUGGUGUUUGGAACACCUGACGCACUUGAUUGCUGGGGCUGAUUUGCACAGACAUUACGAUUACUGGGUGGCAUUGGCAACGUUCGUGAACGUGUACAGGAGCGUGGGUAACCCUAUCCGAGUGAAGAUGGAAUGGGAGCGGCUGCGUCCUCAUGACGACGCCCUCAAGAUAAUCAAGCGGCGGCUACCACCACGGCCACUUCGAGGACGGUGGUCUUCAGUGAACGAGACGGAGAAAUGGGUGGGAGAAGUUGGCGCGUGGCGGCAUCUGCCGUCUAUAUUCUUGUCAGCGAUGGUUGUUCCAGAUGCGUUCGCCGAGAUCCAGAGGAAGUUGCACCCCACGGUGGCGGCCAAGGCUGCAGCUAAAGCUAAAGCCGUCGCGAAGGGGAAGUCGAAGGCCAACGUUACUAUACAUCUCCUCAAGAAGCCCAAGCCCAAGAAGCCAAAGCAAAUGCCGAAGGUCGCCAAGACCAAGACCACUUCAGUUAUUUUGGAAUCCAGGUUCGGGGACAGCGCCGACGUGCUGGAGGAGCUCGUCGGGGAAAGCUGCAAGUUAUACUCUGUGAAAAAGGGCAAAUGGACGACCAACGCGAUGAUGAGCGUCUCGUCCAAGUGGUUCUGGUGCACCAUGCACGUGUCAUCUACGGCCAGGGCCGGCCUUGAGGCGUUCUCGCAGAUGCUGAGGAAGUACCAGGAGUACGACCCCUUCGCGGCGUCAGAGAAGCAUAUGCAGGAGCUGCGGGAUGGGCACCUGCCAUCCCCCACGAAGCCACCGUUAGUUGUGCAGCUCGUGUCGGGGAGAGCCCUCGAUGUCUACGACCAGGUCUGCGGCCUCCUCAACCCGAUGAGUUCGAAGGAUACGUGGGAGAACCCUCUCAACGACAUCAUCAACGAGGGGUACUUGCAAGGCGAUGAUAGAGAUUCUUCUUUGUCAAAAUGGCUGGGCAAAGCAGUCGAAGCAGUUUUGGCUGUUGCUUGCGAUUACAAGCGCCGCAUUUUGGACCCUGUUUGCGGGCUGUUCCCAACCCGACUGUUCUGGUUGAUAGUUUCGCCACCCAGCGAGAAGUGCCCCUGCAGAGGGCGCGUCGCUGUCGAGAUCCUGAGCAAUGCAUUCACGGACGACUUCACCGUCAAGUUUAAGGAGCACUGGUUUACAGAUGUUUUGGGGUGCGCGGACACGGGGGAAUGCUCUCUCAUGAUGUACACGUACCUCUGCGACGUCGCGGCCACGUUCAAGGUCACUACGCGAGAUUUGGAGGGAUGCAACAACAUCGUCAAGUGGAUGGGGAAGGUUGCGCCGAACAUGUCGUUCCCGUUGAUGAACGCCCGCUUCGUUGCCAAGAAGCACAUUACCGCCACGCUCCCUGAUGAUCCCAAGAUGGACGCGAAUGGCGAAUGUCGCCAGCAGCUCUUGAACGAUUGCGUCGACAACCAUCUAUUGGCCAUCCGUGAAUUCCGCGCGAAUGGCGCGCGCAUGCUGCAGGGCGAGGCUCGCGGCCCGCUCGCGGAUGGCGACGCGGUCGGCGGGCUUCCCGAGAGCGCCGAGUUCGCCGACGAGGACUGCGAGAUCGACGGCGGCGUCGGCCCUGAAGACGCCAGCGUCGGCGCCGAUCAGGCUGGCGGGGGCGACGACGCAGACGUCGGCCCUGGUGCCGAUCAGCCCAGUGGGGGCCACUGGGCGCCGCAGCCGCCGCACCCAGUGUAUGAGCGCAUGCGUGCGACUGCGACUGGCCAGUCGGGCGCGUGCGGGCACUACGUGCCACCUCGCGUCUAUGACAGAGUAGUUCAAGAGAAGGCAUCGAGAUUAUGGCUCCGUUUCAGGAAGCGAAUUGAAGCAGAGCUGGGGCAGGCCUUCGCUACCUCGUCUCGCUUCGCCUACAGCGCCAACGUCGACGGGUCGUCGCAGCUCCUCGUGCCAAUCUUGAAGUUUGGGCGCUGCACGUACUGGUUCGCAGUGCUGGAGCUUGGGGAAAGCGAGUCUGGCCUCGAGCGUGUGCCACCUGAAGGCAGAGAUCUCGGUUGCGCCCACAUUCCCUUGCCAGUGACGUUCCACUCAUCACUGCAGGUCAUGUGCAAUUUGGCGAUGCUUGGCGCUACGUUGGACAGCGUGGCAGUGUUCACCCUGGAUUGGUAUUCGAUCAACGCGGCCAACAUCCUGGACGUCGCGCGCAUCUCCCUGGCGACGCUGGCGAGGAAGCCCACGCCCAAACCUGGCGAGCCCGCGGAGCCCGCUGCGGCGGAGGGCGGCGUCGGGGACGAUCCCGAGCCCGAGGGCGUCGACGGCCAGGAGUGGGCGGCCGCGGACGAGGCGGCAUCGGCAGAUCAUGAGCUGGCCCUGCAUUUGGCGCUGCUGGGCGAGGCUGGGAAGGCUGCCGCAGCAGCGGCAGAUGCGGAGGACAUGCGGGCAGUGCGUUCGCUGGUGAAGGCGAAGGCGCCGAAGCAGGGCGGGGGCAGCGACGACGGCGACGCCGACGUCCACUGCCCGUCUGAGGAUCGCGCGAAGGAGAUGGUUGAGAUGGAGACCGCAGUGAUUGGCGCAUGUGGCAGCGGCGACGCGUCUGAGGAAACCAUGGAGAUCGUCAAGGCCGCCAGCGAGCUCGGGCCCGACGCGAUGCUCGGGCCGGCCGUGGAGGCCGGGGGCCCACCGCCGCCGCCGCCAGAGGCGCCUCCCGAUAUCGACAUUGCUAGGGAUAUACUCAAUGUAGCACUUGCGUUCUGUGCCCACGUAUCGCAUAUAACUUCUGAGCCUGCGUUUGCGCUCGGGCCCGAGAAACAUCGCAUUAGCAUUGUGGAGCUGGUGGAGAAGUGUGCUGGAAUCGAGGUCGCGUCUGCGAGGCUCGUGCACGUCGACGAUGUUGGCCCCCCGCUGCGCGGCCGCAUCUUGCGCCCAAAUAGUGAGCACAGGCUAUCCAGUGAGGACGCGUGGCGUAGGAGAUUCGUCGGCUGGGGGGCCGCCGCGCAGCCCCUGGGGAUGUCAGAGGGCGCCGCAGGGAGCGGGCGGGUCGUCAACCCGUACGACGAGCACCCCUCAGUGGAGGUGCCGUUCCCUGGUUUGUCGGGGCGCCUCCUCCAGGACCAGCUCUGGAGAACGUUCGCUGUCAACGAACAGGAGAUUAAGAAUGGUGGGGUGAGGCGAGGGCUUCGCUCCGACACUUGGGCCAUCGCCGCGGACGAGCACGGGAAAAAACUAUUGGUCGUGUCGGGCAUGCACCUGAUCAGGGCUGCCUACAAGGCUUUCCGCGAGGCCCCUGAUAAUCCGCAGGUCGAGGCCACCAUCAACGCAGGCGUGAUGAAUGUUACAAUUUUCAACCACAAGACACCGAGGUAUGUUGCACUUUAUUUAGUCGACCAGGGGAACUCCAUGAACCAGGUCGCGUCUGUCACGAGCCACAUCGAGCGCAUGAAGGCGACUUCGCAGCUGAAAAUCCAACUGGCCAAGCACAUGGAGGGCACGCCUGCCAGGGACGCUCAGGGGUCUCAGUCGGGCUACGAGAAGAAGAAGCGCGCGUUCAUCACCACUCACCCCCGCAAGAUGUUCCAGGAAUACUCUUCGUUCUCGAACGCCGCGGCGGUCGUCGACAAACUCCAGGAGCUGAAGCUGUGGAACAAGUUCGAGGAGUACCACGAGGGAAACGCACAGUAUCUGAAGAUUCCAGUUGCAGCCAGCUCCGACAUCUUCUAUAUCAAUGCCUUCCUGGUCCGAAAUGUACUUGACGGUUUCCACAUUGGCCAACUACCUCAUCGCGAGUUCGCGUUCAUGCAAUUGCAGAAGUACGUGGUCCCUACAAGGGAUGGCAUUCCCCACUUGUUCAAGGACCGCAAGGGCGCGGUCAAGGUUGUCCAGGACUUGACUCGGUUCGACAGCCAGGUGCAGGCGUGCCCCCUACAGGUUAUUGGGCAGAAGUUGCAGGAGGUGGCGACGGAGGUUGGAUUCACACUCGACUGCUCCUCGGACUAUGGGAUCAACAAUGUGCUCACAAACCCUUACCUUCGCAUGAUUGAGUUCACUUGCGAGGGGGCGAUCUCGCUUCCCGUAGUGCCGAAGAAGAACGCAGACGUCAGCGGCCUCUUGGACAGGCUCCAGGGCGAGCGCGACGACGAGGGCAAGGGCGGGGGCACCGACAAAAAUGCCAAGAAGGUGAAGGUCUGCAAAAAGUUCGACGCCGCCCUCAGCCACGCGUUGAAACUGUUCCGGAGGCAGCUCGAAGCGCGCCGCGGGGAACGCGCCGAACAGGGUGACGGUGAAGGUGGCGAGGAGGAGGAGGAGGAGGAGGAUGAGGAGGACACUGGCGGCUGGAAUCCAGACCUCCUGGACAUCAUCAGGGACGAGGAGGACGCGGCGGACCAGCUGCGCUGUUUCAUCGCCAAGAACGACCCGCUAUCAGGCAGGCUUGCUGCAAUUUCCCGCACGCACGACGCCGCCACCAAGAUGGUUUCAACCUUGUGGAAGCUCAGCGAAGCGGACGGGUGGCCCUUUGAUUCCACGCAAGCUUCGAGGAGCGAAGAUGUCAAGCACAUCGUCGCCAAGCUCGGGGCGGUCAUCGCUGGCGCGUUCAACAUGGCAUGCUUCAACUUCGUAGCGUUGGCGCUCAAGGACCUCGCAGACGAAUGGCCGUCUGCAGACGACGUCCCCAAAGUCGCCAGGGGGUUCUUCCAGAUAUUGAAGGGGCCCGCCGAAGCGCGAUCGUUCUUGCAGCUCCGCACGAAGUACAUGUUCAUCCUUCUCAAGGAAGUCCGUGACAUUCUGAUGGAGAAGGACCCCGCUUGCGAGGCAUUGAAGGUGGUCAAGGCGUGCCAGACCAUCCUCGUGCAGGCUGCCGAUGUCGACGUCAGAGUUCCUUUCGAGGAUGGCGAUGAGAAGGACUCGGACUGGGUUCGCUUGUGGACGAGCAUGAUCUUGAGGUUGGAGGGGUCCCUCUCAAAGCCGGCUCCGCAGGACAAGACGGGAGAUGAUGAUCGUGAAGUCGAUCAUGCAGCUCAGGAGUUCAAGCAGAAGAUGAUGUUUCAGCAGGCCGCUGCAACGAUGAAAGUUCCUGAACUUCGGGUCGCGCUCGGCAUGAGCGCUCGGAACGCCAAGGGCGAAGGCUCCUCCAACAGAUCAGAGCUCGUGGCCAACUACGUGGACAUGAAGCUGAAAGAGGCAGCGGCAUCGACAAGUCCCAAAAACAAGUACGAUGACAUCUUCAGUGACAUUCUGGAGACUACGCUUGUUGGCCAAGCUGCGGCCCAGGCUAUUGACUCAGCCUCGGCCAGUUUCAACCUGGAGUUCGUGGCUCGGGACAUCUCUGGGAAUACGAGCGGCGCGUUCAUGAGUGAGCUGGUGUCAUUUCUCACGUGGGGGUGCCAGAAGCUCCACCAUGCCCGCCCCGUGGGCGAAUCCGCGUCCAGCGACGCUCCCUUGCGGGACGUCGGCGCGGUCUACACGAAGCGUACCUCCACCGACAAUAAGAGCCCACACAAGAAGAUCUACGCCAACGUCCGCGAUCUUGCCAAGGAGGGCGGCACGGGCUUGGUCAUGCACUUCAUCGGGGUCGUGAGGCCCGCGCUCGUGCUGGAUCAGAAGGAGCAGCCGACUGAUGGGCAGCAGGACAAGGACGACGCGAAGGCGCAGAACGUCACCAUGGGCACUGUCAACGCGGGGUCGCAGCUGCAGCAAAUGGCGGUCGAGAACAUUGGCAACCGCUGCAGGGCAGCGCUGCCUCAUGAGGUCAGGGCCGUCGGCGGUUCGAGUACGCGCCAGGCUAAGACUCAGAACGCCGUGGCCACCGCGACCCGUCUUCUGUGCGACGGCGACGUCGUCGCUGGUCUGCGGUUGGUCCUCCACGCCGCCGAGGCUCAACGCAUCGCCUUUGGGAAGCUGACGAAAGACUUAACCGGCGCCGAGGGCGCUCUGAAAGUGCGCCCGGGGUGGGCCCGCCAGGAGUGGUCAGGCUUCCUGGAGAAGACGCCCAAGUGCAUGGGCAACUCCGCGGGCCUCAAGCGUUGCGGCUUCAUCGUCAACGUGACCGCUGCCAUGCACCACGGCGCGAAGCCAGCGGAUGGGGGCCUUGAAGUACCAGGUGGUCCCCCGAUUGUUCCCCUUCGCGUGGCUUCCAUCGGCGUUCAGGGGCACGCUGGUGUCACGCAUGAGAAGUACUCGCGUCCCCCGCAGACGGUGUCGAGCAUGGCGCAGCGGGGCGCCCUGGCCAGGAACGACGUGAUCGGGGAAUUCGAGCGCGCGGAGGUGGGGCCCUUCGCGAAGUUGAACCUCAAAGACGACGCGGAGAUGAAGCCAUUGAUCCACGAUGCUAAGGCGACAAGCCGCCCGGCGCCAGUUGGGGCAAAACCUCGGGCGAAGGCCCGUGCCCAGGCGCGGGUCGCCCUCUUGGAGAAGACGGGCAAAAUCAGAGACGAGAGCAUGUUCAAAUCAUUCACUCCUGCGAGCGAGCGGAACUUACGCGUGGAGUUGCAGUUCCUGCGCGUGCUUCACGAGGGCGACCUGCGGCACGGGGCGAACGACUGCUGGGUGGCCCGGUUCCUGCCGCCAGGCGGGCUCGUCCGUGCCGAGUCCAGAAGCGAGGCGCUGUUCGUCUUAAAAUCGCACGGGUGCUCCGCGUUGCGCUGGCCGGCCGAGCAGGAAUGCGAGGGCGCGCGGGGCGCGCAGAUCGGCGCGCGGGGAGUCGCAGCUGCUCAGCAGCCGUUGCUCAACGCGCAAGCCGAGUCGGGUUUCCCGGGCGUUGGAGAGGAGCCCUUGGAGGCUCUCCUGACCAGCAAGGGGAAGGCGUUGCCGGCAGACGCCGCCGCGGCCGACCACCGCGAGACUGACUUGGUCCUGGCUGCCACUUCGGCGAUCAAGCCAGUGCUCGUGCCAGGGGAAGCUCAAGCCGUGGAGAAGUGCGCCGUGCAGGACGCCAAGAACACCGAGCAGAUCACGAAGUGGAAGAUGAAGUGGGCCCCUCGGGGUGGGCCCAUUGACGCGGGCGACUACAAUGGCCGUUGGCGCGCGCUGCACCCGCCGACGAACCGAUGGAAGUCUGCGCCGUGGACGGAGCGGGGCUACGAGCGCGCAGCCUGCGAGGCGAUUUGCAGCGCGUGCAUCGGGGGCGGGCAGCGCUGCAGCGCGUUUUUGACGUCAGCCUGCGUGGCGCUGCUCGUCCGCAUUCUGUUCGGCGACAAGCCUGUGCUGCGGCCCAUUCAGUUUCGCGUGCUCGAGGCGUCAGCUUGUGCUGCCUUCAUUUUCGGCGUCAGCCUGUGCUUCGCCCCAAUGUCUGUAGCUUGGGUAUUGAACCGUGCCAGCGCGAGCUCCGCCCCGGGGCCCAUCAGCGCAGCCAUGGCCUCCCACAGCCGCGCCGAGAAGGCCGCAGACAAGGAGGGGGCGGCCGUCCUCGCGAGCCUCAGCGGGGCGGGCGAGGCGGCCGUCGAGCAAACGGUCGAGGACGCGGUGAAGAUCCUGCGUGCCGACCCUGGCCUGGUGCACCACUUGAACGCACUCCUCCACAACGAGGAGUGGAAGGCGGUGCCCAGGGCGUCUGCCGACUCCAAGACUGCCGCGAGCGGCGAGAAGCCCGAGGCGGAGCAGCACCAGGGCAAGAGGCUUCGCGCGGGCUUGAAGAAGUUCGAGCACCUGGACAGGCAGAACGGUCUCGUCGACUUCUUGCUCCACAAGUUGGAGCCCGACCGCUUGCCAGAAACGCCAGGAGACGGCUGCUGGCACGAGGCUUUCAAGCUGGGCCUGCUCUACCCGGGGCUCAAGGUCGGCCCAGACAGCCCGUUCCCGACGCUCACCUACGAGGGCCUGAACGGUUUCUACUACGGGGCGAAGGGCGAGAGCGCGGACGAGAGGUCGGUCACGAGCCGCCUCGACCACCAGGACCCGAAGGCGGCCCUCAAGUUCGACGCCGGGGAGCUUGAGUUUGAGGGCCGCUUCGACUACAACGCUAGCGCGACGAUCAAGAAACACGGGCGCUCGCACGAGGUCCAAGACCUCCUGCAGGAGUUUGUCGCGAAGGGCGUCGCGGCCCCACCCCGCUCGCCGGACUGGGCGGGCGCCGCCUUCGCGAAGAGGAAGGGGCCGGCCGCCCCGAAGCAGACCGCGGACGGCGGCCAGGGCAAGGGCAGGGGCAGCGAGCGGCGGCGCUGGCACGCGAAGCGAACGGCUAAGCACGCCGUUUGGACGGGCCGCGGCUCGGAGGUGAGAGGCCUCUGCGCCCGCGGCGUUGGCCUGACUUG